UGCAGUGUGAUGACGUCAUUGGGGCGGGGUGGCAAAGAGGAAGGCAGCACAGGGAAGGCCCACCAUUUUAAAAAAAAAGUCAUAAGACUUUCUUUUUCUCUACAUUGGUGCGUUCCGGUGUGACAACCAGCAUUAGAGAUGGGGAAUCGGGCCACCCGCGAGGACUACGAAUGGGUUUAUACUGACCAGCCUCAUGCUGACAGAAGGAAAGAGAUCCUUGCUAAAUAUCCACAAAUCAAGUCCCUGAUGGGUCCUGACCUGAGGCUGAAAUGGAUCGUGUGCAUGAUGGUGGCCAUACAGUUUUUAGCUUUCUAUCUGGUCAAAGAUUUGGAUUGGAAAUGGGUUUUGUUUUGGACUUAUGCCUUCAGCAGCUGUAUCAACCAUUCAAUGACCCUCGCUAUUCACGAGAUCUCCCACAACACCGCCUUUGGAAACAACAAAGCUUUGCGGAACCGAUACUUUGCGAUGUUUGCUAACCUCCCUAUCGGCCUGCCGUACUCCGCCUCGUUCAAACGCUAUCACUUGGACCAUCACCGGUACCUUGGAGGUGACGGCGUGGAUGUAGAUAUCCCUACUGACUUUGAAGGCUGGUUCUUCUGUACCCGCUUUCGCAAGUUUAUCUGGAUUAUUCUGCAGCCCCUCUUCUACGCCAUCCGGCCUCUUUGCAUCAACCCCAAGCCCAUCAGUCAGCUGGAAAUGACCAACGUUGCUAUUCAGCUCAUCUUUGACAUUCUGCUCUACUGGGUAUGGGGGGUCAAACCUGUGGUGUACAUGCUGGCUGGCUCCAUGCUGGGGAUGGGUCUACACCCCAUCUCUGGCCACUUCAUAGCAGAGCACUACAUGUUUCUCAAGGGUCAUGAGACAUACUCCUACUACGGCUCCCUCAACCUGCUCACCUUCAACGUGGGCUACCACAAUGAACACCAUGACUUCCCCAGCAUUCCUGGGCGGAUGCUACCUAUGGUGAAGAAAAUCGCAGCAGAGUAUUAUGACGGGCUUCCUCAGUACACGUCGUGGGUGAAGGUCCUGUAUGACUUCAUAAUGGACGACACAUUAAGUCCGUACUCGCGCGUCAAGAGGAAGCUGAAAGGAGACGUCAAACUGGAGUGAUUUCCAUUGGGUCCUUUGGAACAAAGCUUAUAGGUAUUAUUGAAAUAUGAUUUAAUUCACUGGAAAAUAUUUUAGUUUGGCCGUCAAGCACAUUGCUCAUAUUGUACUGUACAACUCAUGUGCAAUUUAACAACGUAUAUGGAACAUUGUUACAGUUUAUGGGUUAUACCUAAUAUGUGUAUAGGUCAAACUAAUAUUUUUACAAGAGUUAGACUCUUAUGUUUUGGUUGAAAAACUAUUUUGCAAUUUUGACUUUUUAAUGGAAAAAAGUUUUUAAAAAAAGAACAAAUUAUUUUUAUCCAUUGUAAAAAAAAAAAAAAAUCUUCUAUUUGGCGUUUGCAUCAUAAAACAAACACGUGUUAGAAAUGAUCUCCCAACAUUCGCCUUAAAUGUACACAGGUGUGCUCUUCACACUUCACGAGCCUUCAGCCUGGCAGAGGUAAAAUGAGCACAUUUAGUCAAUCCAUAUAGCUACGAAAACCAAAUAACUUUGUCAAGUUCAUGAAUCCAAUGUGGACAUUUGUUUUCAGCUCAUGAAAUUAACAGUUUUGCUUUCACCUUUGAAAUUGCCAUAAUUAAUUUUGUGUAAGCAUCUGGCCAGAAAAAAAUUCACGUUGCCGUGCCUUGUUCUGAUUUUAACUGCUUAGCAUCCGACAUUUCAUGUGCUGCAACAUUUUACCACCUGUUGCUUACACAUUUACAACUAAUGCACUAUUGAAAAAUAAGAUUUUGUUGCAUUUGAGAUGAUCUGAAAUUAGCGCAUUUCUGAUCAGAGAUGGACUUCACAUGUAGUCUUCAUUCAAAGUGACUAAAAGUUUUUAUCAAUAAAUGUUCAUAAUGUAUCAUGAUGAUGUUUUGUGUCUUCACGGAAGAAAUUAUAAUAAAAUUGUGACUAAUGGAA